AUGGAAUUACAACGGAUUCUCAAUGACCGCGAUAUCCCACCUCGACUCGGCACCCCGUCCACGAUAUCAACCUCGAAUCGAUUGUCUAAAGAAACACUAAGAAUACAAACCACCAACAACACCAAUGAACCGUGGGCACCACCCACGGCUGCGAUUUCUCAAGACACAAUUAGAACCCCCGAUAAGGGAAGACGAGCAGAAGUGAACUCCUCUUCCUACACAAUUCAGAUUGGUGUACGACUAGGAGGCAGUCUAGUGGAUAAGGAGAAGCGUGCACGCGCAGCACAGGCGUGUACAAGAUGGCGCAGUAAGAAGAAACAGCUGCUCGACAAGUCCAAAUUGGAAGAGAACCGGGUCAGAGAAUUAGGUUCUCGAAUGGAGAUGUCAGGUACGAUCGGAUUCGCUACAAACGUACAACAGCGGCCAUCGAACACGACGGCUUCAAGUCGCAACAACAGACCAGAAGAGGAUAUCCCGACUACACCAGCUCUCAGCAUCGCUAGUUACAAAAUAAAUCUACCUUCCGAAGAGAAACAGUUCAUAUUUUACUGUUUUGUUGAUAGAGGAAUGUCUUAUGCCAACACCCUCCGUUCGUAUAAGGAACGGUUUGGUAAUCAAAUGUCCUUGUACCGGUUGCAAGUAUCGCUUGCUCAGUAUAUCCAGGAAGUUCCUCAGCUAAAGAGGUCAGGGAUACGAGAAUUCCGUUCAGGGGGAUGGAGAAUAGAACGUGCAACUAGAUUGAAACUUCGGCUGAUUGAUAUUGCACCUAGUGAGGCUUUGCACUUUGAAUGGGUAGUUGAUGGGGAUAAGGAUAUCAUUCGUCGCCGGUAUCAAACAACCUUAGUAUAG